CAAGCACCGCAACUGAUUCUUUACAUCCUAUUCCUGCUGACACCCUUCUCUCUCUCUCUCUCUCUCUCUCUCUCUCUCUCGCAGCAGUGGUUAAAAAAUGCCGUUAUCCAGUGCUGCUAUUGCUUCCAACAUUUCGAUCAAUCUCCCAUCUCUUCCAAUUCCAAAGAUUGUUAAAUGUAGAAGCUUUCCAAUCAAUAAUAAUGGGAAUAUUGGUCAUCAAAGAGCCGCUGCAUUCAUGGUGUCCAGAAACCUUUCUUUCGCUACGAAGUCGCUUUCUGGGGAUCGCAAUGCCUCAGUCGACGUUGAUGUGCCAUUCCCUAGUGAUUAUCCUGAGCUUCUUGACCAAGCCAGGAAAGCAACUGACUUGGCUUUGAAGGAUAACAGACAGUUGAUGGAGAUUGAAUUCCCAACAGCUGGACUUCAAUCUGUACCAGGUGAUGGUGAAGGAGGAAUAGAAAUGACUGGAAGCAUGCAAUUGAUUCGUGAAUUUUGUGAUGGCUUCAUAAAUCCAGAGAAAGCCACAAGGACCAGAAUAUUUUUCCCGGAGGCCAAUGAAGUUACAUUUGCAAGAGAGUCAACCUUUGGAGGCACCUCCUUUAAGUUGGACUAUUUGACAAAGCCGUCAUUUUUUGAGGAUUUUGGUUUCUUUGAAAAGGUGAAAAUGGCAGAUCGUGUGAAGCUAGAGGAUGAACUGUUCUUGGUCGCCUAUCCAUAUUUUAAUGUCAAUGAAAUGCUUGUGGUAGAAGAGCUUUACAAAGAAGCUGUUGAGAACACUGCUAGAAAGCUGAUUAUUUUCAAUGGGGAACUUGACCGUAUAAGAUCUGGGUAUUAUCCAUCAUUCUUCUACCCGAAGCUGGCUAAACUUUCCACGACCCUCUUUCCUAAGAUGGAGACUGUAUAUUACAUUCACAAUUUUAAGGGACGCAAUGGAGGAACCCUUUUCAGGUGCUACCCUGGCCCCUGGAGAGUCCUUAGAAAAGUGGGGAACAAAUAUAUAUGUCUGCAUCAGCAGGAGAAAAUGCCUUCCCUCAAGGAAGUUGCGUUGGAUAUUCUAACGCCUGCUUGACAUGUCUGAAUCUUGAAAGCCUUAAAUUGAUAUCUAGUUGUUGAAACAAGUUUCUUAAAUUUUUUUUUUUGUUUAUUCAGAGAGGCUUGGAAGUGCUCAUCUUAGAUGUACAGCUGGGUGUUACCUGAAAGGACCAAAUCUCCUUCAGGCUGCAUCAUUCUUCCGUUUAGUAUGUCUGUAGAAAAUCUACCAGGAAGGAAAAGCUGGUAUUGCUUAGUGAGUUUUGAAUGUAAAUACAUACAUUACUGGUUCUUGGAUAUUAGUAUAUGAAGAAGGGGUAUAACAUAUCA